AUGAUAGGUCAGACAGCAUCACCCGCGGACGCUGGCCGAGGACGCGACGACGACGGCGAUGUAGCGACGGACGGUGACGUUGAUGAUGAAGUGUCGGACGGCGACGUUGAUAAUGAAGCGUCGGACCGAGACGACGAGGGCGAUGAAGCGACGGACGACGACGUUGACGAUGAAGCGUCGGACCGAGACGACGACGGCGAUGAAGCGACGGCCGACGACGUUGACGAUGAAGCAUACUGGGCAAGUGCUAACGCAGGUCACAAGCUAUACUACGGGAAACUCAGCUAG